AUGGGGAAGAAGAAAUCUAAUGCUGUAACAGCAGCCAGACAAUUGGAAUCCAAAGUAUCUCCUAUACUUGAAAUAAAUUACUCAGAUCCAUUAUUUGCCAUUGCAGCUCAUCCAACAAGACCUAUUAUUGCCCAAGGAUUAGCCACUGGAUAUGUUUUUUGCAGUCAAUAUAACGAUGAAAAAUUAGAAGAGAUCCAACAAGCAAGAAGAGAAGAGAUCAUGGAUGAAUUGAAUACAAAUUUCAAGAAAGGGAAGAUUUCUCAAGUGGUUAAAUCAGUUUCACAAAGUAAGAAAAAGUGGUGGGACAUUAUUGAUGAUCAUGCUGAAUUUGAGAAUGCUAACAUUUCAACUUUAUGGAAAACUAAAAGACAUAAAGGAUCUUGUAGAUCAAUUUUAUUUGAUCCCUUGGAAAAUUACCUUGGUGAAAACCUUUAUACUGCAGGAACUGAUCAUAUCAUCAAAAAAGCCAAUACUGAAACAGGUAAAGUUACAUCCAAAGGUAAUGUUAGUGGUCACUUUCCUGGUAAAAAUGAAGCCAUAACUAAAAUUUGUCAUUCAGCUACUCAUCCAUUUUUAUUAGCAGGUACAGAAAAUGGACAUAUUUUAGUUUACGAUAGUAGUAAUUUAGGUAAGAAUGAAUUGAAGUUCAAAGUCUCAAAUGCUCAUGAUGAUGCAAUUAAUCAUAUAAUGGCUAUGCCUGCAGUUUCAGCUUAUCAAUAUCUUACUUUAGGUUCAACCACCCUUUCACAUAUUGAUAUUCGUAAAGGAAUAAUCACUCAAUCUGAUGAUCAAGAAGAUGAAUUAUUAUCCAUGUGUUAUGCCACUGACCAUGUUAAUGAUAAUAAAAAUGAUACUGUAUUGGUUGCUCAAGGAGAAGGAGUGGUUACUAUAUGGAAAGAUUCCAAGAACAAGUUAAUGGAUCAAUUAACUAGAGUCAAAGUUAACAAAGGGGUAAGUAUUGAUACUAUUAUACCUACUAUGAACAAUGAGACCGAAGAAAUGACCAAUUCUGUUUGGUGUGGUGAUAGUGAAGGAUUAUUACACAGAAUCAAUUACAAAAUUGGAAAGAUUGUUGAAACUCGAGUUCAUUCUGUCUCUAAAGGUAAAUAUGGAGCUGUUGACGAAGUAGGGAAUUUGGAUAUUGAUUAUAAUUAUAGAUUAAUUAGUGCCGGUAUGGAUUCCUUGAAGAUUUGGUCAGAACAAACACAAGAAGAUGUUAUUGAAAGUGAAGAUGACAGCGAAGAAGAUAGUGCAGAUGAAAGCUCAGAUGAAGAAGACCUUCCCGGGUUCAGCAGUGAUAGUGAAGGGAAUGAAGGAAGCGAGGAAGAAGAUGGAGAAGAAAGCGAAGUUGAGGGAGAAGGAAGUGAGAUUGAAGAUGAGGAAAACGAUAAUGGAGGAGAAGAAGGACAAGAAGGAGGAGAAAGUGAAGACAGCGAAGACAGCGAAGACAGUGAAGACAGUGAUAGUGAAUCCAAUGAAGACACUAAACCUUCAAUUAUUCGUAAAAAACGUAUUAUCACUGGAACAUCCAAACCUAAAAGAAAGCUCAUCGAUCUUAACUCCACAUCUCAAGAAACUCCAAUUGAACCUCAAGAAAAGAAAAAACCUAAAUCUAAACAACUCACCAAUAAACAAUUAAGAAACAUGCAACAACAUGAACAUGGGAUUAGGAAAUUCGAAGGAUUAUAG